CCAAGAAGUGAAGUCUGUGGUGCACAUAUAUCACGGUCAAGCACUCUCAAUUCAUCGCACGGAGCUGUUUAGUAGUACAAUAACGACGACAGACAAGUGUUACAAUUAUGGGCUUUCAGGUGAACGAGAACUCGGGUAAUUACAUUCGUCAGUGGUUGCACGAUCACAUCAGCGAACCAGGUACCGACACAGUCAGACAACUACAAAGAGUGCAAUCAUGGCCACUUACUCUCAUGGCCGAAGGCAUGUCACUUCUUUCCGACGAAAUUGGAUACAUUGUUCUUAUCCCAUUCGCUCUCCAAUAUCCGCAAUACUUUCAUUUGAUCGCUUUACACGUGACAAAUCUGAUGCUCAUGUGCUUCACAGUAGGGAACCAAUUGAAGGAUAGAUUGAGGCUUCCAAGACCCAGGCAAGUGCAAGAUGCGGUACUGCUACUGCAGCACAAAGAUGAACAAGACUUUGGAUUUCCGUCUACACAUACGAGCGCAGCAACGCUGAUUGGAGGCUUCGUACUCAGUCCCAUAACCUGUAUAAUCACUGUCAUCGUCAUGGCGUAUUCACGAAUGUAUUUGGGUGUACAUUCGUUGACAGAUACAGUGGGGGGGGUAUUAUACUCAGUACCCUUGCUUUUCUGGUAUAUGAGUAUAGCGGAUCAGCUAGAAGCCUAUUAUAUCAGUGGAAGCUGCAUAUAUGAUAUAUGCACUUUCUUAAUCAGCGUCAUCAUUAUAUAUUCUCACCCAGAUCCCAACACAAUGAAUGGGAAAAGCACACGCGACUGGACGAUUGUCUGUGCGAGUCUGGCCUUCGGCAUGCAGUUGGGCAGUAGAUAUCGAUCCUCUCCCAUCGACAUGAGCACUGCGAUUGAUCUAUCUACCAUCGUCACGUGCUAUGUCCUCGAUAUGCUCGUAGUAGGCAGUAUCCGACUGGUGCUGAAGCCCAUCUUGAAGCCACUUGUACCGCCCGUAGUCGCGAAAUACAUAGUGUAUGGAGCACUUGGUUUAUAUAUGGCUAUGGCCGUGUGUUAAUUGCACUGUUAUAUCUGGCAAGUUGAAGACAAUAUGAGGCACACCCACAGUCUAUGACCUAUCGAAUGAUAUCACAAAAUAAUAGCAACACACUCAGUCUACUUAGCAAGACACAUAGCAUAACAAGAAGAGCAGCCUGCCACGGUAAACAGCUCGUAAGCAUGGUCCCGAAGCGUCUGGAAGGGCAGUCGGUACAUGCAGUAAUCAAGAAUAGCAAACCUGUCAAAUGCAUAUAUGGGCGCGUUCAUACCUGGAAAAAUCACCUUGGUUUGCAAGCAUUCAACAUACCUCGUGCGACAUAUCUGCAGUAAAAUGGCGAUUCGCGGGCAACAGUUCAAAACCGGGGCUUUUCAGAGAAUGAUGUAUAACGCUGUACUCAACUCCAUAUAGAGUCCAAGAGUGGGUUAAUUAAGGCUAAUUGGCCACGCAACAAUGAAAAAUAUAUUAAAUUUAAAAGGAUAGGCUCGAUGGGGGCGGUGCCAUGUGUUCUGCCGAGGGUUCUAUCAGCUGGUGAGCAGUGAAUCUAUAUAUAUAACUGUGAGACGUGAACCGGAGAGAAGCCGGUGAAGAGUCGACCAAUAAAUAAAACUAGCACGCACGAGCG